AUGGAUAGUCUAACAAUGGAGGAUAAAGGGGAUUUUCAGGUGGAAGUUUAUUUUUGGACAAAAAUUAAUGAUCCAAGACUCCAAGCUCCGGAGGGAUCCUUUAUGAUAGAGUCAAAAUCUGGAAGGGCAGAACUUUCGGAAUUACUUAAUGCCUUAUUGAAAACAGAAAGUCAUAUUACUUUCGAUUUCAUUAUAGAAGAGGUAUUUCUAAGAGGUACAGUUUAUGAUUAUAUGAGACAGAGUGGGAAAACUAGCGAAUCUAAACUUAAAAUAGAAUAUUUAAGAACUCUUAGUAAGCCUUCAUUAAAGGUUUUGGAUAAACAAAAGGAUUGGAUUAGAAGUAUUGCAGGAGGGAUAGAGACAGAUAAUCCCAUGGUAGUAGUGGGAUUUUAUGAUGGAAGAAUCAGAUUCUAUAAUACAGUUUCACAUGGAAAGGGCAAGAAAGUGAAAUUGGAAGAAGAGGACAAGAACAAGGAAGCAUUUGAAUUUAAUGUAAAUGAAUUAUUGCCAUCUGGAGAUUCUACUUCUAUUUUCAGAGUCCAAUCUCAACAACUAAAUGACUCUGAAUUUUCCAAAGUUUGGGCCUCAACAAUGAGUGGUUCGAUUGUAGGUUUAAACUACUCAGCUAAGACACAAGAAUGUAUUUUAAAGAAUGUUAAACUCAGAGCCAGCCUUGCCCCUAUUGAAGCUCUCUGUCCUGUAAAAGGAUGUGAUUCAAUAAUAUUAGCAGGAGAUGCAAAUGGUAAUGUAUUAGUAUUCUGUGAAAAUGACGGUAUAGAGGACGAUUCAAGUAAUAUACAAAAUAUUGGUAGUUUAAAUUGUAUUGCUAAAAUCAGGAGCCAUUCUUCCAAUGUUACAGAUAUACUUUCUAUGGGAGACCAUUUGAUUUCCUCAAGUCUAGAUGGUAACAUUAAAGUGUUGAAAGUUUCAUUAGGAGAAGCUAUUUGCGGAUGGAAUAUUAAAUUCCCAACAUUUUCUUUAUCAAGUCAAAAUCCUAUAGCAGGAAAUGUAAUUUGUACUUCUCAUGAUGAUGGUAAAGUUAGGAUUUGGGAUCUAAGAGCAGGAACAACAAAUCAAAUUGACCUUAAAAUUAAUAAGGGACUAGAUUCAUUAUCUUUUGAUAGAAAUACUCGUUUCAUCCAUAGAAGCAGACUUCUUGCUCAUAAGGAAGUUGUUCCACAAGCUGUUUGGAAUCCAUUUAGUGAAUACAUGAUAGGAUCAGUUUCACAUGAUAUGGAUUUAAAAAUUCUGGACAUAAGAUCUCCAAAUUUACCACUUCAAGCUGCAAAAACUGACUCUAAAUUACUCAGUCUCUGUUGGUUGAAUGAGCAUACCAUAUAUACAGGAGGGUCAACCGGAGAACUUAUAGUUAGCUCAUUUUAG